CUCACCGAGUAGGGUACCGGUUGGUGAGUGAUGGCAAUUGAUUGACAACUCUCACCGUUGCUCAUGACGAUCCGUCUUUCAGCCUUACUUGUUUUAUUUUCGUCAACGACCCAUCGCAUCUACUCUUUGCAACGACUCAGCUUCGAAGACAUCAUGCGCUACUCCACGUUUGCGUUCGUCACCCUGUUUGUAGCUGCCGCGGCACCUGCGCUCGCGGUCCCAGUCGACCUCUGGACUCGUUUCGACGGGCUCGAGCCUCGCCACAAUCCCCAAGGCCGACGCGCCAUUCUGCCCGACCAGGCGGCCAUGCGCGACGGGGGUAUCAUGACGAGGAGCUCGCCGCUCGGAUGGAGGAUGGUCUGUAUGACGAGCUGUUCAGCCGUGCUUGGGAUGCGGAAUGGCUUGAUUGAUAGAGUGGCUGAGGUGUUUUUGGCUUGUGUUCCGCGCGAUGUAUGUACCAUUGUCGUCACGGUAAUACUCCGUAG